CCCACAAAACUCCUUUAUCUUUUUUCCAUCUUUGUGAUCACUUUUUCUCUGCAACUUCACAAUGUUGAUGUGAUUUUCCACCCACAUACACACUCACAUAUCUAAAGAAUUCAUCAAAACUUUUGCAAAAGAGAAAGCUUAGCCAUGGUCUUCCCCUCCCUUCCAAUCUAUCUAGAUCCACCCAACUGGUCACAACAGCAAGCAGGAAUUGGUAUCGGCGAUCAAAAUCCAUCAGCUUUGCAGCCGCUAUCAGCUUCAAUGAUGUCUGUCACCGUUGAAGCUGAUGGCAGCUACCAAGGGUCUAGAAGACCGGUAUCAAUGACCGAUCGAGCUAAGAUGUCAAAGAUACACCAAAAUGAUGCUGCAGCAGCACAGAAAUGUCCAAGAUGUGAAUCAACAAACACAAAGUUCUGCUACUACAACAACUACAAUCUUUCACAACCACGCCAUUUUUGCAAAACUUGUCGUCGUUAUUGGACUAAAGGUGGUGCACUUCGAAACGUUCCUGUUGGAGGUGGUUGUAGAAGGAACAAUAAAAGAAGAAAAGGAAAUUCAGUAUCAAAAUCACCUCUAAAACCUAAUCAUAAUGAUCAUCUCCAGAUCGGUACCGGUGCUGCUGCUGGUGGUUCUAGCUCAGCAAGUGCAAAUUCUUCUUCUAAUAAUGGUUGCACUAAUUCUAAUGUGAAUAUUGGAAUGCCUAAUUUUCCAACACAAUUUCCAUUCGUAACCUCUUUACAUCGUCAUAACGACAAUAGUUACGCUUCUGAGGGCAUUGGUUCUUUGUUGGCCAAAAAUAUGAGCAAUAGUACUACUACUAAUGUUGAGUUUCAACUUGGUAGUGGUUCUUCUUCAAUUGGUAAUGGUAAUGGUGGCUCUUUGUUGAUAUCAAAUGGCAUUGGUGAACAAUGGAGGUUUCCAAAUUCGCUACAAAUUCAUCAGCAGCAACAAUAUCAACAAUUCCCUUUCUUGAGUAAUUUGCAACCACAAAUUGGACUAUUUCAAUUUGGUGGAGAGAACAAUGGUGAACCACAAAGAAAUUUGUUUCGUUCUAAGGAAACAUAUUCUUCAAGUGUUAGUAUUGGAAUGAUGCCUCAAGUUAAUACAGUUAAAGUGGAAGAAAACAAUCAUCAAGGUUUGAGUUUGCCAAAAAAUCUCUUGAGUGGUUCAGGAAAUAGUAAUGAUCUAUUUUGGAAUGGAAAUGGUAAUGAAAAUGCAUGGAAUGAAGUUCCUAGUUUCACUCCACCACCUUGUGAUCCUCAAAUCUAGUGCUUUUGGUUCCUUAAUUAAUAUUUUUAUGAUCAUAUAUAGAAAUGAUCAAAGGUAUAAUUAGAGUAGGUUCAUUAAUUAGUUCACUUGCUAACUAUGGAAUAUUAUGAAAUUUCACCAUUAGCUAUAUGUGUGUGUUAUGAGGGAAGAUAAAGGAGAAGAAUGAUUGCAAAACUUUGUAUUUCUAAAUGGUAUGCAACUCUUAUAUUCAUCAUUAUAAGUUGUGCUUAUGAAUUUAUGAUCAAAUUGUGUUUACACUGCGAA